AUGGGUGGGAUAAAUAAAGACGAUGUUGAGAAAUACUUAGAGAACAACCCCCAGUUUGCCAAGGAAUAUUUCGACCGAAAGCUGAGGGCAGAAGCGCUGGGAACCAUCUUCAAAGUCAGCCCUGGGGAAGUGAAGGAUGGAGUUUCCUUCAAGGAGAUGUCCCGGCUGGAGGAGUGUCAUGUGCUCUUUGAGUUGCUGACAGAAAUCCAGGAAGAAGAAAGCAGCAUGGAGAAGAUAGUGCACAAGGCCCUGCAGAGGCUGGCACAGCUGGUGGCAGCUGACCGGUGUAGCAUGUUCGUCUGCCGUGCCCGCAAUGGCAUCCCUGAGGUUGCCACCAGGCUUCUCAAUAUCACCACCACCUCCAAGUUUGAGGAGAACCUGGUAGCCCCAGACAGUGAGAUUGUUUUUCCUCUGGACAUUGGGAUAGUGGGAUGGGUUGCUCAUACCAAGAAGUUUUUUAAUGUACCUGACGUGAAAAAGAUGCUUUUAUGGUCUGCCAACAAAGUAUUUGAAGAACUGACAGAUAUUGAGCGACAGUUUCACAAAGCACUGUACACUAUUCGAAUUUAUUUGAACUGUGAAAGAUACUCUGUUGGUCUGCUGGAUAUGACCAAAGAGAAGGAGUUCUAUGAUGAAUGGCCAAUCAAGCUGGGAGAAGCAGAGCCUUAUAAAGGACCAAAAACACCCGAUGGCAGAGAAGUCAUCUUUUAUAAGAUUAUUGAUUAUAUUUUACAUGGAAAAGAAGAAAUCAAAGUCAUUCCGUCACCUCCUGCAGAUCACUGGUGUCUUGUAAGCGGGUUGCCAACGUAUGUUGCUGAAAAUGGAUUUAUUUGUAACAUGAUGAAUGCACCAGCAGAUGACUAUUUUUCAUUUCAGAAAGGGCCUGUGGAUGAGACAGGCUGGGUUAUAAAAAAUGUCCUGUCUUUGCCUAUUGUCAACAAAAAAGAAGAAAUUGUGGGAGUAGCUACAUUUUACAAUAGAAAAGAUGGAAAACCCUUUGAUGAAUUUGAUGAACAGAUCACUGAAAGUCUUACACAAUUCCUUGGAUGGUCUGUUUUAAAUACUGACACCUAUGACAAAAUGAAUAAGCUUGAAAACAGGAAAGACCUUGCUCAGGAAAUGCUCAUGUACCAGACAAAGGCCACCCCUGAAGAAAUUCAGUCCAUAUUGAAAUACAAAGAAAAAUUAAAUGUAACCAGUACGGAAGACUGUGAUGAGAAAGCCCUCCUCAAGAUUUUGAGAGAGGAAUUACCUGAUCCAAAGGAAGUGGAACUUUAUGAAUUCCGCUUCAGUGACUUUCCCGUUACAGAGCAUGGCUUGAUUAAGUGCGGAAUACGAUUAUUCUUUGAGAUAAAUGUGGUUGAAAAGUUCAAAGUCCCAGCAGAGGUACUUACAAGAUGGAUGUACACAGUCAGAAAGGGUUAUCGGGAUAUAACUUACCAUAACUGGCGGCAUGGAUUCAACGUGGGACAGACAAUGUUCACCUUACUAAUGACAGGUAGACUAAAGAAAUACUAUACCGAUCUAGAAGCCUUCGCCAUGGUUGCAGCUGCUUUCUGCCAUGACAUUGAUCACAGAGGGACCAAUAAUUUGUAUCAAAUGAAGUCAGCUUCUCCAUUAGCAAAACUUCAUGGAUCUUCCAUUUUAGAAAGACAUCAUCUAGAGUACAGUAAAACUCUGCUACAAGACGAGAGUUUAAACAUCUUCCAGAACCUAAAUAAGCGCCAGUUUGAAACCGUUUUACAUUUAUUUGAAGUUGCAAUAAUAGCAACUGACUUGGCGUUGUAUUUCAAGAAAAGGACUAUGUUUCAAAAGAUUGUGGAUGCAGUUGAAAAAAUGCAAACAGAAGAGGAGGCAAUUAAAUAUAUAUCUAUCGACCCAACCAAAAAAGAAGUUAUCAUGGCUAUGAUGAUGACUGGUUGUGACUUGUCGGCUAUAACCAAGCCGUGGGAGGUGCAAAGUCAGGUUGCCCUUAUGGUUGCGAAUGAAUUUUGGGAACAAGGUGAUCUGGAGCGAACUGUGCUAGAGCAACAGCCAAUUCCUAUGAUGGACAGAAACAAAGCAGAUGAAUUGCCUAAGCUUCAAGUUGGUUUCAUUGAUUUUGUGUGUACAUUUGUAUACAAGGAAUUCUCAAGGUUUCACAAGGAAAUUACACCAAUGUUGGACGGUCUUCAAAACAACAGGGUGGAAUGGAAAACACGGGCUGAUGAAUAUGAAGAAAAGAUGAAAAUUAUUGAGGAAGAAAAGAAAAAGCUGGAAGAAGCAGCAGCCAAAAAAGGUGGAAAGGGUCGAAAAUAA